CGGAACGGUCUACUGCGCUUAGAAAAAUAGAACUCCGCCGGAAAAUACUAUCGUGUUUUAAAAACAAACUCCCAAAAUAAUUAUAUAAAAAUAUUUAAAAAAUAUUCUAAAAACCAGUGCCAUAUAAAAAACUAAAGUGAAAAUGAUCAAGAGUGAGGAGGUGUCGGAUCGCUCGGUCAUGUCGAUGGAUCAGCUGGGCUACUACCACGAUCCCCGCGCCCAUCCGCCCUUCAGCCACACCCACACACACACCCUCCCCCCGCACAGUCACCCACAUUCGGGUCAUCUCUACAGAUCGGGAAAUAUAUUAACUGGCGGAAAUUACCAGACAAUGGGUGGCGCAGAAUCACCCACGGAGAUGGUGGACGAGAAGCCGAAUAUCGGCUACAUGGAACUGCAGCACUACAUGGAUGUCACGCCCACUGCCACGCCCGUUUCGGCCGCCCAGCAUUAUAGUUUGAGUGCGCUGCACAGCAUGGGAACACCGCCGGCAUCCUCGAGUCCCAUUCCGCCAUAUGGAGUUCUGAUGACGGCCCAUUCGGCGGGAUCCGCCUCGCCGCAAUCGAACUCCAAGACUCCGACGGAUCUGCCGCAGGAUCUGCAGUACGUGAGCUCCACAUCGAAGACCCAGCCGCUCCAGGUGCAACUGCAGCCGAUGAACCACCAGUAUGCCUCCACCAUAAAGUACUGUUCGAACAACACGAUCCUCAGUGCCAACGACUACCAACUGCUGACCAGCCACGAGGUGGAGCAGCAGCCGCCGCAGCAGGUGCAAACGCAGCAGCUCCAGCACUCGCCGGGGGGUGCCUACCUGCCCAGGAUCUCCGCCUCGCCCAGCCAGGUGAUCAGCAAUGCCCACGGAAUGCCCGUUCUGAGCUACUCCAGUUCGAGCUCCUCGCCCGCCAAGUCGCUCAACGGAUCGGACUCCUCGCCGCCCAGCCAGAAUCAGCAGGGCAACAAGGCAGCUGGAAACGGAGGUGGAGGAUCCUCUGGCAGCCAGGAUCCACCCAACACUCCGGACACCACCAAGAAGUCGGGCACCCGACGGCCCGAGAAGCCAGCCCUCAGCUAUAUCAAUAUGAUCGGACACGCGAUCAAGGAAUCGCCCACAGGGAAGCUGACCCUCUCCGAGAUCUACGCUUACUUGCAGAAGAGCUAUGAAUUUUUCCGAGGACCGUAUGUGGGCUGGAAAAACUCGGUGCGUCACAAUCUCAGCCUGAACGAGUGCUUCAAAAAGCUGCCCAAGGGAAUGGGAGUUGGAAAGCCGGGAAAGGGAAACUACUGGACCAUCGACGAGAACUCGGCGCAUCUCUUCGAGGACGAGGGCAGCUUGAGGCGACGUCCCAGGGGAUAUCGCUCCAAGAUCAAGGUCAAGCCGUAUGCCGGUCAUGCCAAUGGAUACUACACUGGCAGCUACGGGGAUGCGGGAAUGGACAAUGCCAACUUCUACGCCUCGCCCGCCUUCGCCAGCUAUGAUUACUCCUCGGCAGGAGCCAAUGGCGUCUCUCCGGCUGGCGGUCAAGGAUUCGGGGAUCCCUGGAACGCCCACGCCGCCCACAGUGGCUCCUCCUCGGUGGGCAUGGGCGUGGGUCCCCUGCCGCAGUACUCGAACAUAUCCUGCCGCGCCGGGGGAAAUCUCAACGGUUCCGCCUCCACGCCCCCGCUGGCCCACUCCGCCUUGGGAAUGGCCCCUUCGACGGCGGGCUCCUCCAAUUCUCCGCUGGGAUCCGCGGCGGCGCUUCAAAGCGAUUAUGCGCCAACCGCGAGUCUCGUGGCCGCUGGCUAUUCCUAUUCAAGUGCCGGCAGCUUGGAAAACGGUCUCCGCUCGUUUUCGCUGCAGCAGCUGCCCGGAUUGUCCAGCAUUCAGCAUGCACAGGCUCAGGCUCAGGCGCACCACCAUCACCACCUCCAGCACCACCAGAACCACCAGAGCACCCAGAACCACCAGAGCCACCAGAACCACGGAGCCAUCAACCAAAAUCACGGCUCCAUGACUCCGCCGCCAUCGCAACCGAGUGGCAAUCAUGUGAUCGACCAUUCGCUCAUCGAUCGCUAACCGGUUUACCUUUCACCGAUCACCCAACCCCAAAACCCAACUUCAAUGGCUCAGAAUGGCGGCGAUGGAUUCUACGAUGGCUUCACCAAUCGGCCUUUCUUGCGGGGCCAGCAUUGAUCAUUAUUACCUCAAAGGAUACAAUAAUCACGUUUAAUUAGGCUCUAAGUAGUGGCACACAAAAGAUAGUUGCAUAGUGCUUAGAAGGGAAUUUACACAUAAAUAAAUCUACU